AUGGGCAAGCGCAAAUCCAGCUCAAAGCCUCAAGGGCCGAAGAAGAGGGAGCCCCUUGCUACUACUUUCUCAUGCCUGUUCUGCAACCAUGAGAACUCGGUAAUCGUCAAGCUGGAUAAGAAAUUGGGCUUGGGGGAUCUGUCGUGUAAAGUUUGUGGCCAAAAGUUCCAGACCGGCAUCAACUAUCUCUCCGCUCCCGUUGAUGUGUAUUCGGACUGGGUAGAUGCUUGCGAUGCAGUUGCGAAGGACACCGCAGAUCAGUACGAUGCGCCAAGCACGAGCCUACCCCGAGGCGCUAGCAAGCAUGAUAGCAUACCGGAAGAGAGUGGACAUGGCGAUACGUACGCCGAUGACGACUAUUAA